CGGCCGCUCAUAAGUCUAGGUAGCCCAGGACGCGUGAGUGUCCCAUCAUCUCGGAAUCCCUAGUAAUACUCUGUUUCCGAUUCUACAUCCCAUCCCCAUCCCGACAAAUGACAGACCCACGAGAACGUCUCGCCUCCCUUUCCCGUCAGCUACUCGCACCAAACGCCCAGGAGGACGACGUCGCCAACAACAGAGCCAAGAAGAUGGACGCUUCACCACCUACUAAACGCCCCUUUUCCAAAAUCAUAAUAGUAGGCGCCGGCCCCUCCGGCCUGCUCCUCGCGCUGCUGCUCUCCAAGCACGGCAUCCCGGUGCAGAUCCUGGAAGCGGCGUCGCAGCUGGACAACCAGCCGCGGGCGGCGCACUACGGCCCGCCGGCGAUCCCGGAGUUUGUGCGGGCGGGCAUCGCCGACGCGAUCCGCGCGCGCGGCAUGGUGUUGAACACCAUGUGCUGGCGGCGCGACGCGGCGGCCGGCCACCGCUACGUCGCCGGCUUCAACGCGCACGACGCGCUGCGCGACGUCGACGGCAUGGACGUCCGCACCCACUGCCUCGCGCUGCAGGACCUGGACCAGCUGAUGCUGGACGAGGUGACGCGCAGGUACGGCGGGACCGUCUCGUGGGAGCAUAAGGUGGUGCGUGUGGGGCAGGACGCGGAAGGGGCGUGGUGCGAGGUCGAGGUUGGCGCGGACGGAGGAGAAAAUGAAGGGGAGGAGGAGAAGAAGAAGAAGAAGAAGAAGGUGGUCGUGGUCAGGGGAGAUUAUGUGGUCGGCUGCGACGGGGCGAAUAGCAUCGUCAGAAGGAGCCUGUUUGGGGAUGAGUUCCCUGGUUUCACGUGGGAUGCGCAGAUUAUCGCUACGAAUACAUACUACCCGUUCGAGGAGAAGUUCGGCUGGCACGACGCUAACUUCAUCAUCCACCCGGAGCAUUUCUUUAUGGCCGCCCGGAUCACGCGCGACGGGCUCUACCGCAUCACCUACGGCGAGACGCCCGGGCUGUCGCGCGACGAGUACCUGGCUCGGCAGCCGUGGAAGUUCGAGACCAUCCUGCCGGGCCACCCUAAGCCGGACGCCUACAAGAUGGUCAACUUCUCGCCGUACAAGAUGCACCAGCGGUGCGCGCCCCAAUUCCGCGUCGGGCGCGUGCUGCUCGCCGCCGACGCGGCCCACCUGUGUAACCCCUGGGGCGGGCUGGGCAUCACGGGCGGCUUCGUCGACGUCGGCGGGCUAUAUGACUGCCUGGCCGGCAUCUGGGACGGCCGGGCGGACGAGUCGAUCCUGGACCUGUACUCGGAGAAGCGCAUCGAGAAGUGGCGGACCAUCAUCGACCCCAUCUCGCAGGAGAACUUCCGGCGCGUGUCCGACAGGGACCCCGCCACGAGGUUGGAGAGGGAUGAGUUCAUGCAGCUGCUCAAGAAGGGCGAGACCGACGAGGCCUUCCUGAAGGAGCUGCUGCUGGCGCCCAUGGAAGUGCGCUAUGACUUUACGCAGCAUUACAAGGUGGCUUAAGCAUUAAGAAAAAAUGCUAGUAGCCAUGUUGGGACGUCCUAGUCGAUGCUCGUGAUCUUCCUCCCCUCACUCCACCACAUCUUGAGCGGACAACUAGCCGGGACGUAUCAGUACUACCUUACACUACGCUUACCCGAUCCAACCACACAUCCUCGAGGUCGUGCAUAAUAAGCAUACAAUCAAUAUUAAUCCAUACUAAGCUAGGCGCAAGCAAAUACACCAUACUUCAUAUUAGCAACCUCCCUCCAAAGAAACUACUCCACACCUCCCUCCAAAGAACCUUCCACAUAGACCCCCUCCACAACAUCUGCAACAUCCCCAUACGAAAGAAACGACAUCACCCGCGACAUAAACAACCUUGCUCUCG